AUGUCUCUGGAAGAAAUCGUGAAGGCAAUGGCUGACAACACUUUGAAUUUUCAGCAAGAAACAAGAAGUGGACUAAAGAACUUGGAGAACCAAGUUUCUCAGUUAGCUAACACAGUGGGAAAACUCCAAGCUCAGAAUUCUAACAAGUUGCCUAGCCAACCAGAGAGAAAUCCGAAGGAGAAUGCAAGCGCCAUAUCACUUAGAAGUGGCAAGCAGCUGGAGGUUCCAGAAAAAAGCAGGAGCGAAACGCUAGCAGAACACCAAGAGGAAUAUGAGACUGUUGUUCCAGGAAAAAAUGAGCAGCCCUCUAAGGUAAGUGAUGUUGUUUCAUCCAAAACUGACCAUUUUUCUUCUUCUGUUCCUUUCCCUAGCAGGUUAACUUCUAUGGAUAAGAAGAAAGAGAUGGAAAAGGAGGUGCUAGAUGUAUUUCACAAGGUAGAGGUGAACAUACCUUUACUGGAAGCCAUUAGACAAGUACCGCAUGAGAAGGUCAGCGUAAGUGAGAAUGUAUCUGCAGUUUUACAGAGGAAAAUUCCUCCCAAGUGCAAGGAUCCAGGUAUUUUUACUAUACCUUGUAGAAUAGGUAACAAGAGAUAUGAGAGGUGCAUGUUAGACUUAGGUGCUUCUAUUAAUGUGAUGCCUUUAUCUAUUUAUAAAGCACUGAACUUAGGACCUUUAAAAGAUACUCGUGUGAUUAUUCAACUUGCUGACCGUUCUAAUACUUAUCCUUUAGGAGUGAUUGAGGAUGUCUUAGUACAAGUAAAUGAACUUGUGUUUCCUGCUGAUUUUUAUGUGUUAAAUAUGCCAAAUGAUGAAUCCUCUAAUGCAACGCCAAUCUUAUUAGGGAGACCUUUUCUAAAAACAUCUAGAACCAAGAUUGAUGUUCAUAGUGGGAUUUUGACCAUGGAAUUUGAUGGGGAGGUUAUCCGAUUUAAUUUAUUUGAUGCCAUGAGAUACCCCUCUGAUUGUGAAUCUGUUUCUAGUAUAGAUGUUAUUGAUACACUAACUGAGCAAGUAUUUUUUCUCUCUGGUCAUGAUGCAUUAGAUGUUGUUUUGACUGAACCUGUGGAAAAAGUGCAAUACACUAACCUGCAGGAACAUUUUGAGCUUGAAAAUGAUGUCAAGGAAGCUUUCUCCUCCUUGGAAGUGCUUCCAAAUAAGCAAGGAAGGUAUGUAGAUAAAUUUAUGAAAUUUCCUGUCACAUCUAACAGACUUUUACCUUCUAUUGUACAGCCACCUGAAGUGGAGUUAAAACUUCUGCCUUACCACUUGAAGUAUGCAUUUUUGGGAGAGAAUGACACUCUUCCAGUCAUAAUCGCGAGUAACCUAACUCCGACUCAAGAGCAAAAGCUGGUGCAAGUUCUCAAGAAGCACAAAACAACUUUAGGGUGGACAGUUGCGGAUAUUAAAGGGAUUAGCCCUUCUAUGUGCCAACAUAGAAUUUUAUUAGAAGAGGGAGCUAAACCUGUGAGACAAGUGCAGCGACGACUUAAUCCACCUAUGAUGGAAGUAGUAAAGAAAGAAGUAUUGAAGCUUCUUGAAGUGGGGGUGAUAUAUCCUAUAUCAGAUAGCCCUUGGGUCAGUCCCUUGCAAGUGGUCCCGAAAAAGUCAGGAGUUACAGUGGUGGAGAGUGAUAAGGGAGAAAUGGUUCCCACUCGAGUGCAAAAUGGAUGGAGAGUUUGUGUAGAUUACAGGUUACUUAAUUCUAUGACUCGAAAAGAUCAUUUUCCCUUACCCUUUAUUGAUCAAAUGGUAGAACGUCUUGCUGGUCAUGCUUAUUACUGUUUUCUUGACGGAUAUUCAGGUUAUGUGCAGGUUCCUAUAGCUCCGGAGGAUCAAGAAAAAACAACGUUCACAUGCCCGUAUGGUACAUUUGCGUAUCGUCGUAUGCCAUUUGGAUUGUGCAAUGCUCCGGCGACUUUUCAGAGAUGUAUGGUAAGCAUCUUUUCAUAUUAUCUUGAAAAUUUUAUAGAAGUUUUCAUGGAUGAUUUCACUAUACAUGGAGAUUCUUUUGAUAGUUGCUUAGAACAUCUCACUUUAGUUCUUAAACGUUGUCUUGAAACUAACCUUGUGCUUAAUUCUGAAAAAUGUCAUUUCAUGGUUCAACAAGGUAUAGUUUUAGGCCAUAUUGUGUCUUCUGAAGGAAUAAAAGUUGAUAAAGCUAAAAUAGACCUUAUUUCUUCUCUGCCUUACCCCGCCUAUGUGCAGGAAGUUCGUUCUUUUCUUGGCCAUGCAGGUUUCUAUCGCAGGUUUAUUGAAGGAUUCUCUAAGAUUGCGCAACCACUAUGCAGACUACUCCAAAAGGACGUGGAGUUCCACUUUGAUGAGGCCUGUAAGCAGGCAUUUGACAAGCUAAAAGAUAAGUUGGUCAGUGCCCCUGUUCUACAACCACCUAACUGGGAGCUCCCCUUCGAACUGAUGUGUGACGCGUCCAACUAUGUUGUAGGGGCAGUGCUGGGCCAGCGAGUUGGAAAGAUUCCUCAUGCAAUCUACUAUGCUUCGAAAACUCUUGAUGAGGCUCAAGCUAAUUAUACUACGACUGAAAAAGAACUUCUUGCUAUAGUUUUUGCUUUAGAUAAAUUUCGAUCUUAUUUAUUGGGAACUAAAAUCAUUGUGUUUACUGAUCAUGCAGCGUUAUAGUUCCUAUUAUCAAAAAAGGAAGAAAAACCAAGGCUAAUACGUUGGAUCUUGUUACUUCAAGAGUUCAACGUUGAAAUUAGAGACAAGAAAGGUUCUGACAGUAGUGUUGCUGAUCAUUUGAGCAGAUUAGUUGGUGUUGAUGAAGGCAAAUCUCCAAUCAAUGAAGAGUUCCCCGACGAGCAACUUCAUGCUUUGAUCAGGAACUCCGUGGUAUGCUGAUUUAGUGAAUUUUCUUGUAUCUGGGAAGUUUCCAGUCAGCUACACUAAAGCACAAAAGGACCAAAUGCAAAGCAUAGCAAAAUACUUCAUAUGGGAUGACCCGUAUCUCUGGAAGUAUUUUCUUUCGAUCCUAACUUUCUGUCAUUCUUAUGCAUGUGGAGGACAUUUCGGGCCUAAGAGAACUGCACGCAAGGUUUUAGAGAGUGGAUUCUAUUGGCCAUCCAUAUUCAAAGAUGCAUAUGAAAUUUGUAAGACUUGUGAUAAUUGUCAAAGAACAGGUACACUAGGUCCUAGGAAUGAAAUGCCCCAAACCCCCAUUUUAAUAUGUUAAAUUUUCGACGUUUGGGGUAUGGAUUUCAUGGGACCCUUUCCUUCUUCUUUUGGCUUUCAAUAUAUCUUGCUUGCUGAUGAUUAUGUCUCAAAAUGGGUGGAAGCUAUAGCCACCCGUACUGAUGAUUCUAAAGUGGUUGCAGAAUUUUUGAAAUCGAAUAUAUUUGCUAGAUACGGAUUUCCAAGGGCCAUCAUCAAUGAUAAGGGGACACACUUUUGCAAUAAGACAGUAGGGGCUCUCUUAAAGAAGUAUAAUGUGUUUCAUCGAAUAUCUACUGCAUACCACCCACAAUCAAAUGGACAGGCUGAAGUUUCUAACAAAGAGAUCAAGUCCAUCCUUGAAAAGGCCGUAAAUCCAAAUAGGAAAGAUUGGAGCCUCCGCCUUAAUGAUGCUUUGUGGGCAUACAGGACAACAUAUAAGACGCCCAUUGGGAUGUCUCCGUAUAGGCUUGUAUUUGGUAAACCGUGCCACCUUCCUGUGGAGUUAGAACACAAAGCCUUUUGGGCCGUGAAGCAAUGUAAUAUGGAAAUGGAUGCAGCGGGUGAACAACGAAAACUUCAGUUACAAGAGUUAGAAGAGAUCCGGAAUGAUGCUUUUGAAAAUGCAAGGAUAUACAAAGAGAAGACUAAGGCAUUUCAUGAUAAACGCAUCUCACGGAAGACAUUCACAGUUGGGCAGAAUGUUCUUCUCUACCAUUCUCAGCUCAAACUAUUUCCUGGCAAACUCCGUUCUCGAUGGGUGGGACCAUUUGUUGUCACAAAGGUGUAUGAGCAUGGUGCAGUGGAGAUUCGUAUUGAAUAUACGGGGAAAGAAUUCAAGGUGAACGGUCAUCGGUUGAAGCCUUACUAUGAGGGUUAUCAGGUCCAGAACAUUGAAGUAAUGGAGCUUGAAGCCCCUAGUUAUGAUGCCUAGUAUGCUCAGAAACCGUCAAGCUAACGACGAUAAGUAUAGCACUCUUGGGAGGCAGCCCAAGUUUAGGAAGAUAAUUUGAUGUUUUAUUUUAUUUAUUUAUUUUUUUUAUUACUGUUCUUUGUCUGUUUUCAAAAAAAAAAAAAAAAAAAAAAAAAAAAAAACAAUCUGGACACUGAAGUUGCUUGUUUUAGUGUGAUUUGUUUCAGAGCACAGCCAGGUGUAAAGUUGCAGCACCAAUCUUUCUAUACAUGAAGCCAUCAGGCUAGCUACACAUCUCAGCAGCAGCCUGGAAGCAUCCAACACGAGGCUCGCUGCAUUAGAUAGAACCAUUUUCUCUCCAAUAAUAGCAAGACAUGAGCAAAUUUCAGCUUGGGGGAUGCUACUAGGGCAGUCAGUGCUCACAUUCCACUAACUAACUUCACCAGGUGAGCUCGUUUCCUUUUCCUUCUAUUUUCUCCCUUUUAUUUUGCUAUUACUAAUUUUCAUUCAGUUACACAUUGAGGGCAAUGUGUGACUUAAACUUGGGGGGGAGUGAGUUAUGUUUGGUAUGGUAUUGAGUCUGGCAGUCUGUGUCGACAGUGCUUUGCUUAUGUUCUUAACAAUAUUCUCUACUAUGCUUAACUUUGGCUUAUAGGCUUGUAUAUAUGCAGAUUUUUUUUUUAAAAAAAAAAAAAAACAUGGCUCUUUGAACAAUUACAAGCUGAUGGAAGUCAACGUUGUAGUGUUGUAAUAAGAAUGAAAUGAUUUAGGCAUAAAGGCAUGUGCACCAAAAUAGCCAAAAAGCUUACAUGAUCCACUAAUCAAACAAUUUGAGCCUUAUUGACCUAUUUUUCUGGUUAUCUAAUUCAAAUACCAUUGAUCUGAAAAAAUUAACCCAGAUGUUUACCUUCUCUUGGAUUAGUAGAGCAAUGCAUGUGUAAAGUGGAUUAUCAGUGUGGCAGUGUUUUAUUCUAAUUAAUGUUUCAUAUUAAAGGCUCUGCGUACCAAUGUAUGGGAU